AUCAACAUAAUUAUUACAGAGAAAAAAAAAUAACAUUAGACAAUUUCGUCAAUCUUAUUUCAUUCAACAACAACAACAACAACAACAACAGGGAUAAAAGGAAAAUCCUUCGUUUGACAAAUCAUAUUUAUCGUUUCAACAACAACAACAACAACAACAGCAACAAUAAAUUCUAAUGAAUCAUUUGUUUGAAUCUCAUUCAACUUUUAAUCAUUAUAACGAAAACAACAACGAUAACAACAAUCAAAUUCAACUAAAAAUGCGUAAAAUAAUGCGAUUAAAUGGACAUACAAAUGUUCAACGUAAAUCAUCACGAUCAAUAAUGAUUGAUAAUAAUGAAAAUUCAUUUGGAAUUUUAUCAUUUUUUCGAUUAUAUUCAAAAUUUAUGCUAGGUUUUUCAUUAUUUUCAUUAUGUUUAAGUAUUGUUUUACUAUUCAUUGGUACAUAUGCUUAUUAUGAAGCACAUAUGAUGGGAACUACAUCAUCAUCAUCAUCAUUACCAUCAACAUUGACAAUAACAACAACGUCAAAUAUUAAUAAAACCAAUGAAUCAAAUAUUAAUCUACAAUUUUAUCGUUCAAUAAUGAAUUUUUAUGGUAUAAAUGAAACUGAUCUAUCAAUGUUAUAUCAAAUCGAUACAAUUAUUCCAAUGGAUGAUUUUAAUCAUUUUCAUCAUCAUCAAGGUCGAUUACAUAGCUAUCAAAUAAGCAUGUUAUUCGUUGCUGUUAUAUCGAUUUUGAUUGAAGUUGGAUUAAUCUGUAGCAUCAUAUUUGAACAUUUCAAAUUAAGCCUAUUCUUUAAUAUUAUUAUGAUUGCCGGAUUGUUUCAUCAUUUAUCAUCAUCAUCAUCAUCAUCAUCAUCAUUAUCAUCAUCAAUAAAUGCAUCAUCAACAACAACAAUAACAUCAACAAUUAUGGUACAGAAUAAUAAUAGUAGUACGGAUGAUGGUAUAACAUCAUCAAUAUCAUUUAUAUAUCAAAUAUUGUUCCUCAUUCUAUUUCUAUUCUAUUCAUUUGGUAUAAAAGCAAAAAAUAAGCUAUCAAAACGUUUAAUGAUAAAAAAUGAAUUUGAAUUGAAUGCCGAUCAACGUUUCAUACAGAAAGCAUAAUUGUGAUUCUUUUUUUUCUGAUUCUCUGAAAACAAUCGAAAGAUGUUAAAAUUGAUAACUAUAACUAUUGUCAUUAUGUGUCGAUACAAUUAUGAUUCAUUGAUGG